GGUGAAGGAGGCUUCUCCCCAGCCAGAUUGAUCAAGAUGGAUUUCAGCAAACUUCCCAAGAUACGAGAUGAGGACCAUGAGACAAUGGUGGGAUAUGUCCAUGGUGUCUCUGGUCCUGUUGUCACUGCCUCUAAUAUGGCUGGGGCAGCAAUGUAUGAGCUGGUUCGUGUAGGUCACAGUGAGCUGGUUGGUGAGAUUAUCCGUUUGGAGGGCGAUAUGGCAACAAUCCAAGUCUAUGAAGAAACUUCUGGUGUAUCUGUUGGAGAUCCAGUCCUUCGUACAGGGAAACCUCUUUCUGUGGAGCUGGGCCCUGGCAUCAUGGGAGCCAUUUUUGAUGGGAUCCAACGACCACUAAAGGAUAUCAAUGAUCUGACGCAGAGUAUUUAUAUCCCUCGUGGUGUCAACGUGAAUGCACUGAGUAGAGACUUGAAGUGGGAAUUUACUCCUUCCAAGAAUAUGCGAGUUGGUAGUCACAUCACUGGUGGAGACAUAUAUGGAUUUGUCUUUGAAAAUUCUCUUAUUAAGCACAAGAUCAUGCUUCCACCUAAAAGCAGAGGAACUGUUACGUAUGUUGCCCCACCAGGGUGCUACGAUGUUUCUGAUGUUGUUCUGGAACUUGAAUUUGAAGGCAUUAAAGAGAAGUUCACCAUGGUUCAAGUAUGGCCUGUACGUCAGGUAAGGCCAGUCACUGAGAAGCUCCCAGCAAGUCACCCUCUGCUGACAGGACAGCGUGUGCUGGAUGCACUUUUCCCAUGUGUACAAGGUGGAACCACGGCAAUCCCAGGUGCCUUUGGGUGUGGAAAGACAGUGAUUUCCCAGUCUCUCUCAAAGUACUCUAACAGUGAUGUGAUCAUUUAUGUUGGAUGUGGGGAGCGUGGCAAUGAGAUGUCUGAAGUACUGAGAGAUUUCCCAGAGCUGACAAUGGAGGUUGAUGGAAAAGUGGAAAGCAUUAUGAAGAGAACAUCCUUGGUGGCUAAUACCUCAAACAUGCCUGUCGCUGCCAGGGAAGCCUCCAUCUACACAGGCAUUACACUUUCUGAAUAUUUCCGCGAUAUGGGUUAUCACGUUAGUAUGAUGGCAGAUUCCACAUCCCGAUGGGCUGAGGCGCUCCGAGAAAUCUCCGGACGUUUGGCAGAAAUGCCUGCUGACAGUGGUUAUCCAGCUUACCUGGGCGCCCGUUUGGCCUCGUUUUAUGAGCGUGCAGGUCGGGUGAAGUGCCUGGGAAACCCUGAGCGAGAGGGUAGUGUCAGCAUUGUCGGAGCUGUUUCUCCCCCUGGUGGUGAUUUCUCCGAUCCUGUGACAUCAGCUACUCUUGGUAUCGUGCAGGUAAACUGAAACAAAUUUGAGCUUCUUCAGGCUUUUCAUUUUUACCACUCCUGUUGGCAGCAGUAAAUAAAUUUAGAAUGAUUGAUCUGUUAUUAUCUGCU